UAGAACACACAGAUGCGAUCGGAAUCGUACUGUAGCAUUUUCUUUCAGGCAAAUGAUAGACGUAUUCCGUAUGCAACCUGUGCGGUAAUAGUUUGUAAAUAUCGAAAGUCUAAGAACAUCUAACUAAUGCGCAGAGACAAGUCAGGACGAUUUUCUUUCGAAGUUACUUCUGCUCGUUUCUAACGAAAGCGAUGUACGACAUUGUUCCCCAUCGCUAUGAAAUGACUGAAUAGAAUGUAUGUAUUUGAAAAAAAUACGCAAAGCAACGAAUCUUCGCAUAGUUACACUUGUUUCUAACAAUCAGCUGACUUCCGGAACUCGUACGAGGACGGGAGACGAAUAAACCUAACAAUCAAGGACUGACACGUUCGAUUCAUUUAUACCGUAAGCUUGUCUAAGAGUCAACUAAUGUUCAAUACCGCCUAAUCAUUAAACCGUCGGAAAAGUAAUUUUAAGAUAAUAUGAAUUCUCAAGAAGGUUCAAGCAAUAAUCAGAACAAAGCGGAGACAAAAGUGGAUGGACAUUUAAAGAAAAGUAAUAAUAAUCAACCGAUCGAAAGUAGACUAUGUGGAGAUCAACUAAAAUUAAAUAAUAAGCUAGGUGAGAACAGUGCCAAGAACCUUCUGUCUUCUAAGCCUUCAGUCACAUUGGCUAAUGGUACAAGAUCUGUGCAAGCUGCCACAUCUGGUUUCAAUAAUUCUAUGGACCAAGAUACAAAUCAGGACAUGGUGAACGCAAGUGUAUCUUCCAUAUUUUUAAAUACCAAUAGUAUCAAGCCUCAAACUGUAAAUUCUACUGUCACAAGUCAAUUGAAGCAUAAGACUAUAAUGAACACGAGCGCUUUAAAUUUGCCUAAGCCUCAGAUGCAUUUAAACUUAUCUUCCAAUCAAAGUAACUCACAUUCGAAUCACACUUUUGUACCAGUCUCUUACAACACUGGCACCACAUCAAAUCCGAUUUCACAUUUAAAUAACACAGCAUCCGUUUCAUCCACAAUUCCACCAAACAUAUUGCUACCUAGACCAAAUGAGGACAUUGACAUGAAGAAUAACGUAGAUUAUGUAUCUGGAAUUGAAAAAUGUCCAUCGAAAGUAUCAUGCAGUUCAGAUUCUAGUCCUGAAGUGGACAGCGCCUGGCCAUCUAGGUCCUACGUUUCUAAAUGUGUAUUAAAUAAUAUAGGAGGUAGUGUUGGUUCUACAAGUCAAGGAACAUGCUGUUUCUUAAGAGCUAAUAUUAAUGGAAACAGAGAAGUAGCAGGGCCGAGUGGAUUACAAAAGCAAAGCACACAAAGAGAGCAAAAUGAGAGGAGAGACUCCAGUUCUGGAAAUGAGGGUGAUAUGUCGGAUGGGGAAGAUUAUUGUAUUUACACGUAUAAGGGGAACGACGACGUGGUUCACUUAGCUCAAAAAGGAGAGGCGAAUCAUGGACAAUUGGAAGAAGGCGAAGAGGAUGGACAAUCUCAUAGUGGUAGAUCCAGUCCAGAGAUGGACUUUUUAGAAAUGGAUUUUGAUCCUGGGCCUUCUUGCGAGCAGGAUACAGGAGAUAGCGACUUGGCCUCUAUAAACGAAGACAUACAGAAUAUAGCGUUAGACAACGUAGAGCAGGAUCCAGUAUUAAACGAUUUAAGUAGCGGUAAAGUCGUAUCUCGACAAGGAAUUGCAUCUACAUCGCAACAUCUAAAACAAAGCAUGCAAAACGUGAAUCAUGUAGAACCUCAGCAAUGUUCAUCAACUAGCCAAUCCACGCCAGAACCAAGCGUGAAACCAAGUUAUCCUUCACCAUGGAUGCCAAGUACUAGUGGCGCAACCGAAAAAUGGGACACUGCCGGUUUAUAUCGCAAUACAGGAUGCCCGUUACGAGAAUCAUAUGGAUAUCACAAUACAAGUGGAGAUCUUAUCUCACCCGGUGAUAACAGAGACACUGAAUCGGAGCUGUGGACGGAAUCUUCUAUGGCUUCCAUUUCAGAGAGCUCUUAUUUGAAGCUAUUAUUCAAAAAUUUAAACUCUGGGAGAGUGAAUCUCAGUUCAACCCUCUAUCAUCGUAUAAUGGCAAAGAAACUGAUGCUCAACAAACAGGCUGAAUUCAAUCAGAGUGGCGACUCGAAUCUAGAAAGCGAAUUAUCUAAUGAACGAUUAGAUGGACUUUUACCGGUGGAAAAAGUUAUGUUAUGGAGCGAGAAGGAAGCUACGGUGAAACAAGUUACCCAAAUCGAAACGUCUGCGUGUGGUGCUACUUCUCUGAUUAAUGCUUUGUUGGCUUUAAAUGUAUCAUUUUCGCUGGAAGCGUUACUAACCGGUGUGAACACUAGACAAAGAGAACCAGGCUCACCUUUACCUAGAUAUUUAUACAGUCGCUCGGUGGCCGGGUCGACUCACAGAGACUUGGCACGGGGUAUAGCUUCGUGUACAAACGGUUCGGUUAUCACGAAAUUUUUUGCGUUCUAUCCGGAAAGAAAAGUUUCCUUGUCUCACUGGUUGCAUUACUGGAUUUCGAGAGGAGCUGCGCCCAUCGCGACGUUGAAUUUACAACAUUGCGGAGAAGGCUGCGAUAUUCCAGAUGCAUGGCAUCAUCAAAUGAUAUUUGGUGUUGGACAGGCAGGAAUAUAUUUAACUAAUCCGUUAGAAUGUUUACCCGAACAGUACGUAUGGCACCAACUUGUGAGUCCUAGCAUUUUGCUUAUACGGAGAGCAGAUGUUCUGGCUCAUUGGAACGCUAAUACGGAUUUAACACCGCUCGCCACUAUGAAUCAGAACUGGCGAAAGCUCAAUGUUCUCGGGCAAGUUGUAAAUGUGGUACGAGAAGCAAUGACUCAGCUUAGUAAUGCUAAUACUGGUACAACUCACAUUCGUAUUCCUGCAUCUUAUCAAGCGGGUAUUACAUUAGUUAUGUGUGCAGAUUCCGCUGCUGCUUCCGAGUUGUUACAUGCUGAACAAUUACCAUUACUCUAGUCUUGUUAAUCAAAAUUUAUAGAAUCCAGGCUGCCCUCCCUUUUUUUAUUUGUAAUAAACUGAAUUAGCAGGCUGGUCCGCACAAUGUUGUUUACAAUAGUUCAUUUAUUAUGUAAGGCAGCUAGAGAGUCAGGAUUGAAAUGAUUUACUUUUUUGACACAAAAAAUGUUUAUAUUCAAAGAGAUUAUUAAUUGAAAUAUAUUUCAAUAAAAUAUUUCCGUUUUA